AUGUCUCGACUUUUACCAUCAAGAUUUCUCCUUCCUUCCCGUCGCCUCUUCUCACAAACUACUUCUCGAACAGCAUUCGCAACGGGUCCAGCCCCGCCACGCUUGCCACCAAAGGAACAAGAAGAAUUUGAACGUCUGCAGCGCUCCUCUACUGGUGCAUUUAGUACCCCGAAAACUGAAGUCGUUACCAAUACAUUGAAGUCAUCGACGCGAAAAAGACCACAAAUAAAUCAAUCACCUGCAACCACUGCUGCCGAGAAGGAGGAUAUAGAAUUGGCUGCUGUGAACGCUAGGGUAUCUGCUACAGGAAAAGGAGAGGAAUUGCACCCGGAUAUUCGCAGAGGUGCGAGGCCAGAAUUUGAAGGGGAUAUCAAUCCGAAGACUGGAGAGGUUGGUGGUCCAAAGAAUGAACCUUUGAGGUGGGGAAGUUCAGGUGAGAGGGGCGAUUGGAGUUAUAAUGGUAGGGUUACGGACUUUUGA